UUGAUUUUUAUUUGAUUAUUUGUUAAUAAAAUAAUUAAAAAAUAACUAUACUAUAUUUCUGAAAAAAAUCUCUUUUUUUUUUUUUUUUUUUUUUUUUGUGAUUGGGCCUUAUUGCUAUUGUUGUUGAUUUGAGCUAUGAACUUAAAUGAGCUUACUGUUAUACAUUUAUACAACUUUUCUUGCUUCCUUAACUUUUCAAAAAUAUAUUAGUUUAAUUAAUAUUAUAUUAUAUUAAAAUUCCAUUCUAUUAAUUUUAUAAGAUAAAGAUGGCUAUUAAUGUUUAUAGAAAUUAAUCAUGUCUCUUUUUUUUUUUUUGAAAGAUCUCAUAUUUUUCAGUCAGUAUAAAAAAUAAAAUUACGCUAAAAAACAGAAUGUAAAAAAUUAUUGAAUAGUUUUCACAAAAUGUAAGGGUGGCAUAGUUUUCACACUAUUUUAAAAUGUAAAGUUCUCUUCUUCUUUUUCUUUUCUUUUUUUGGUCUAUCUUCCGUUCAUAUCAAUUUUGGUUUUUCCACACUACAUUUGAUCUCGAAUUCCUAGCAAACCCUUGAUUCCUUGUUACUUUACCUUCUCUUUUAAAACUAUUGAAUAUUCCUAUAGAUUAUGAUCUUAAAUUAAAACGUGAGUCCGCGAUUUCUUUUAUUUUUUAUAAGUCACAAAGUUGACAUGUCUUUUAAUUAGUUGAACCUUUUAACUUUAAUAAUUUUUUUUUUCUCAAUGACGUGGGAUUUACAACUCUAGAAGAGCUAUUAGUGCACAUUGAAUUCAUCUCCAAAUUUUGUUCACACACUUACUUCAAAGAAUGUUUUACUAUGCCGUCCUUGGCCUUCAGUAAUCGAAUUGCUUUAGUUCUUCCUGCUCAAAGAGUCUCUAUAAAGAAAAGGUCUCUCAAAGUUAUUUUUCAGCAAAUAUUUUCUACCCUUUAGACCAUCACAUCCACAUAAUCUCUUCUACUCAAAUUAAGUAACCAUCUAAUGGCUUCUCAUAAUGCAUUCUUGAUCUUUGUGCUUCUUGCUGCCUUUGUUCCUUUCACAACUUUGGCAAAAGAGUACAUUGUUGGGGAUGAAUCAGGUUGGACUGUCAACUUUGAUUACCAAACUUGGGCUGCAGACAAGAACUUUCAAGUUGGAGACCAACUUGUUUUCCGAUAUCCCGUUGGAGCUCAUAAUGUGUUCAAAGUGAAUGGGACUGGCUUCCAGAAUUGUACUAUUCCACCACUGGACCAAGCACUAACUAGUGGAGAUGAUACAAUUAUCUUAGCAACGCCAGGAAGAAAAUGGUAUAUUUGUGGAGUAGGCAACCACUGUAAAAAUGGCGGCCAAAAACUGGUUAUAACUGUGCAACCUCAAGCUCCAAUUCCAGCUCCGAGCAUGGCACCUUCUCCAAUCAGUGGUAUGGCUUAUUCAGAAAUGGGUGCUAAAAAGAGACCAUUUAUCAACUUUUUCAAGUGGUGAUGACUGCAACAGUAGCUUGAGUUAUUAUCCUAUUUUUUUGGGAUAUAUCUAACAACUUUUUUUUUUUUUUUUUUAAUGUUUUGGUUCAAAAUAAAUGAAAUUUAUCUAGAAGAUUAGUUAGAUUUUUUAAUUGUUUAGUGUCUUACCUGUAUUCCUGAUUUAUGUAUCCAUCAAGCAAAAAAUUCUUGUUGCUUGCGGCAAUAAUUUGAAUCCUCUGAUGUAUUUUUACCCCUUAAUAUUCCUUUUUUCUUUUUCUUUUUUUUCUUCUUCUUCUUCUACAUUUUCCAAUCAAUUAUAACCUAAAAGGGCCAAAAUUAAAGCAACAAAGCAGAGACAUUAGAUUACUAAUCAACAGACAAAAGAAAUGAAUGAAUGAAAUCUAUUCUUUUGUGGGAUAUAACAAUGUCUAUUUUUCACCCACCUGGGAAGCAGCAGCGGUGAAAGUAACUCUCUUAAUUGAACCCAGUGGAUAUAACAAUGUCUACUUGCGAGCGACAAUAAAUUUAAUUUUAUAACACCCCUUUUUAGUUUAAGACCAGCACAUGUAUAUAAAUAUUAGGUGUUAGCGCACAUCAUUUUUUCUAUAAUAUAAAAAUAUUUACGAGAGAUUCCACCCAAUAUCUGAGCAUGACUUUCUCAACGCAGAAGUCCCUUUAAUUUAUUUGAUAAAUUUAUAGUUUGUUAAUGAUGAACUUGAU